AUGAUCAAUUUAGAAAGUUUAAGAAAAGCAAUUAUUGAUAAAUAUCCAAUAAAGUUAUUAAACAAUGAAGGAACUGAAACGAAAGAUAUAUUGGAGGCUGCGAAGCUAUCUAUAAACAAUAAUGGCAGUAUUAAUGUAUUAGGUCUAGACGAAAAGACAGAUUUUAUUGUAGAUGCCAAAGAACCAAUCACUUUACGAGUAGUAUAUCAUUGCUGGAUGAAUAAAAAUACCAGUGCAGCUGAUUACUUAGUUGAUUGUAAGACCAAAAAAAUACCAUCAAUUUCAUUUCUACAAAGAACAGAUUUAGUUAAUUGGUUAUCUGGAGAAACGGAAAUUUCCAAAUAUAUUAAGAGGACGAAUGGUGCCGAAAACCAUGAGAAUAACAAAAGUGUAGUAAACGAUGUUAAUAUUACUGAUACUGCCGGUAGGUUCCCUGUCAAUGAAUCAAUUGAGCGCAAUACUGAUGUUACAACGGAAAAUUCUGGAGUAAUGGAUGCAAUAUUAACCAAAGAAAGAAUUUUGUUGGAUCAUAAUUCUUUUUUGAGGGGCAAGAAGCCCAUUAAUUUUGAAUACUUGAUUAAGGAAGUUGAGUUAAACUUAGUUCGUAGUUUGAAACAACAUAAUGAAAAGGCUGGACACAAAUCAAAGGUGCAUAAAUCUGCAUCAGGACCCUUAUCAAUCAAACAGAGCGGUCGUAAGAUUAAAGAACCUAUUAUUAUUAUACCAUCAGCUGCUUCUUCACCAUUUACGAUGGCAAACAUCAGACAAUUUUUAUUAGAAGGGAAAUACAUUGCACCAAAGGAUUUACCAACAAUCAAUACAGAUAUUAUAAAGGUUGAAAAGAAAUUAGAUGGCAUGAAACAUCCAAUUAAGUUUAUUAUUGUAAAUAACACGCGUUUGUUUAAUAAACCAGAGUAUUGGUCCAGAGUACUUGCUGUUUUCACUACAGGACACGCUUGGCAAUUUGAUAAUUAUCAAUGGAGUGAUCCAAUUCAACUAUUUCAACAUACUAAGGGUUACUAUUUCUGUUUUUCAGGUGAUACUGUUCCCAAGUCAGUACAACAAUGGAAUGUACAAAAAAUUGAGCUAGAUAAAACUAGAAGAUUCAAGGAUUUGGAAGUUUGUAGGUACUUUUGGAAUUCUCUUGAAAAAGAGUUACAACAACGUGGAUACCAUUAG